GAUAUAGUCGACCACAGUGAGUCCAGAAAGAAACUGACAGACCAAGCUCUUCAUCUUCUCUUCUGAUUUCAACUAAAUUCUCAUUCUCAUUCGUAAAUCGUAACAAUUCAAUUCAACAAAAAACAUUCAGAAUCGAAUCGAGUGAAUUUAGAUCUCUUUCGCCAAAAUCAAAAUCAAUGAUACACUUUGUGCUUCUCAUUAGUCGUCAAGGGAAGGUUAGGCUCACAAAAUGGUAUUCACCUUACACUCAGAAGGAAAGAAGUAAGGUAAUCCGUGAGCUCAGUGGAGUGAUUCUUAGCCGUGCUCCCAAGCUCUGUAAUUUUGUAGAGUGGAGAGGACAUAAAGUUGUUUAUAAAAGAUAUGCUAGUCUAUAUUUCUGUAUGUGUAUUGAUGAUGCUGACAACGAAUUGGAAGUACUUGAAAUGAUUCAUCAUUUUGUGGAGAUUCUUGAUCGGUAUUUUGGCAGUGUCUGUGAACUGGACUUGAUAUUCAACUUCCAUAAGGCCUAUUAUAUACUUGAUGAAAUUCUAAUUGCCGGCGAGCUUCAGGAGUCGAGCAAAAAAACUGUUGCUCGGUUGAUAGCUGCACAGGAUUCAUUGGUGGAGACUGCUAAGGAGGAAGCCAGUUCCUUGAGUAAUAUUAUCGCACAAGCUACUAAAUAAGGAGAUCCAGUGUUGCAAUUGCUAUUAUAUAUUUGUACUGGCCAUCAAGUAAAGAUAUCCGCUGUUGUAAUUGUUGGCAUUUUGAGGAAUGGAGAAAUGUUUGGUACGAUUGAAGUGUGAACUUAGUUUAUUUCUAUGCUCCAUGUUUAUUGUUGUUAAGUUGAAUUUGUAAAAUAGAAAAGAAAGACAACAUUUCUGGUGUAUACAUGUGUUGCAAUUCAUCUUGAUAUGCGUUGCAAUUCUAUGGAUGGCUAUUUCAAGCUUCUAUACAUGUGUGACCUGAUUAUUAUUAUUUGUGUUGAUCUAUUUGCUUGAAGAUCAGGAAUACUUUCAUUUUGUACAAUGCUUUGAGAUUGAAUUUCAUUGGUGCUGAUUAAUUUUAA